AUGGUUAGAAAAAAGGAUAAGUUUUGGGAACAUGUACAACAACUUGGGCCGAGCCGUUUUAAAUGCAAUUAUUGUGAACUUGACUACUCUGGUAGUGUUACUCGAGUGAAAGCUCAUUUGGCUUGCUUGACUGGCCAUGAUGUUCAAAUUUGUACAAAAGUCCCUGAUCAUGUUCAAGCUGAAGCCAGUGCAGAAAUGAAUUUGAGUGCAUCUAAAAAGAAAAGGACGAAUGAGACCCUAGAAAGUGGAAUUGGCUCCACAAGUUCUCUUGGUAGGAGCAUUCAUCAAACCACAAUGGUAGAGUUGGCUGCUAAACAAGACAAGAAGUCAUUAGAAAAGAUGAUAGGAGAAUUUUUUGUUAAGAAUAACAUUUCUUUCAAUGUUAUUCAGACAGAAUCUUUUAUUCAAAUGAUGAAAGGUGCUUGUGCCUAUGGUCAGGGUUUUGUUAUUCCUAGUUACUCUACUCUUCGUACCCGUUUGAUACCUGAAGCUAAGGUAGAGAUCAUAGAAUAUGUGAGCAACAUAAAGUCAACAUGGGGUGGCACAGGUUGCACAAUAAUGUCUGAUUCUUGGACUGACCUAAAGAAGAGGUCUUGGGUCAAUGUGAUAGCUUAUUCUCCUGGUGGGGCUGUAUUCUUGAAGUGUAUUGAUUGUGGUUCAAAUAGUAUUACUGCUGGAUAUCUUUUUAGAGAAAUAUCUAAUGUUAUUGAAAUGCUUGGACCACAACAUGUUGUGCAAUUUGUUUCAGAUAAUGGUGCUAACUAUAAUUGUUGUGGUGAUAUGUUGAUUGGAAAAUGGUCUCACAUGUAUCGGACAAAUUGUGCUGCACAUGGGAUUAAUUUGCUUUUAAAGGAUAUCCAUAAGCAUGUUAGAUGGGUGAGGAAAAUUAUUGAUGAUGGUAAACAUGUAGUGGAUUAUAUGCACAGGCACACAACUAUUAUAGCCUUAAUGAGGGAAUUCACAAAUGCCAAAGAGAUUAAGCAGCCUUGCAAGACAAGUUGA